CUUCUGUAAUAAAAGCACCAGGACAUGUGUGUGCAGUGUGCGGGUGCACAAGGGAAGCCACGGAACUAAGGAGACAAAACUGUGGUGGACCCAGACGACGGGGGAUGGAGCGGCCCGACGAGUCAACCCUCCUCCCGCUUCUCUCCCUACAGCCCGCUGACCUUGAACCUCCGCUGUGCUAGCACAGACACUCCCAUUCGCUAAGACCCUGAGGUGCACGGCUCGUUGUGAGAGGCUGAAGGAACCACAGACAAUAACAACGUGUCAGACAUCCCGUUUGGAUCGAGAGCCUCGGGGAGGCCCCAUCAUGAAACCUUCUAUCUCUGCGGGGCCCCCAUCUGGCCUGCUGCUCGUCCUGAUGUGCUGCCCCCUGCUGGGCUUGGUGCAGUCGGCCAGCAGCAACAAGGCCAGUGAUAAUGGACACCCGCACCUGGGAGACUCCGACCCGGAGCGAUGCAUGAGGCACCACUUUGUGGAGACCAUCACACAUCCGAUUUAUAAGUGCAACUCCAAGAUGGUGCUGCUGGCGCGCUGCGAGGGCCACUGCAGCCACACAACCCGCUCCGACCCCCUCAUCUCCUUCAGCUCGGUGCUCAAGCAGCCCUUCAAGAGCACCUGCUCCUGCUGCCGGCCGCACACCUCCAAGCUGAAGGCGGUGAGGCUGCGCUGCUCCGGCGGGACUCGCAUCACGGCCACUUACAGAUACAUCCUCGCCUGCAACUGCGAGGAGUGCAGCUGAGCAGGGAGCGGCGCCGUCCAAACCCUCAAGACUCUGAAGACCCAGCAUUUUUCUUGGCCUCCGACGUUAAUCUACAGCUUUCCAGAGCGUUUCGGUUGAUUAUUGGAUCAGAGACUUGCCCCAGAGGACGGCAGCUCAACGUGCUCGUUGAAAUGUUGGGAGUGACAGUUUGGAGCGAUCGUACCACCCUCGCACAGGCCUCAGCAUCGACCUGCAGCCCAGGGACUCACACGCAACAUCUAUACCCUCUCCAUUAUGUGCAUUCAAUCAGCGUAAAUCAUCAGAAGCAUACUUCUCCAGCACUCGAGGCCAAACACCACAAACUGCUGCUCCCAGGAGGCAGCUGGAGACCCUCCUCACUGCAGAGACGCAGGCCUCCAUAACACGCAGGUCUGUGAACCACAGUCUGAGAGCUCAUUACAAAUAUCUGCCACAGGCUCCAUUAAAGCUCCAGCGUGCGUUGACGACAAAAUACAACACGGCUCGUUAAAAAGCAACAUGGGAAAGGACGAGGCCCGGGGAGAAGGAGCGGAUCCACAUGUGGCGGAGCGAUAGAGGGGCACCUGCGCUUAUUCACCCAGUAAUCUUUGACGCUCUUUCAUCUAGCUGUGUAAAACACGAGCGGACAGGAGAGCUCAUGAUGACAGAAGGUUCUGUCGUCCUCUGGGUGGCGGCGUGGACUCAGACUGUCGAAGCUAUCAGUGUUGAUUUGAAAUGUAAACUGUUCCUGUCGACAUUAUAGAAACUUUAGCUGCGAUCAGGAAACUGCUGCUUUUUGCCUGUGGUGUAUUGUUACUAACGACACGUCCAGUGGUUCCUCUUGUCGCUCUACAUUCGUCUGUAACCAGGACGUCAAACUGUCGGGCUCAAGCGUCAGCAGCCCGUCAGACAUCAACGCAUUAAAAACUCAUUCAAACUUCACGAAAAGGAAAACUUUGAAUUUGAAUAAACAGAUUUUUAUGUGGAAGCA